UAAGGGGAGGAUUUACACGGCGAUUUCAAACAAAGAGAAAUCGUUGUUUCGUUUGGAUUUCUUUCCCAGAUUGUGGGAUCGUAACAACUAACACUGGCCUGAUUCACCUCUGUACUCUGAUCACGUCUUUGGCAAUACCUAGCUUUCUCAGUCUCUAAUAAUGUGUAUUUUAGCUUUGUUUCGUAUUUUACUAUUACUUUCUUGUAAAAUUUGUAAAUGAGUUUUCCACUUUGCUCACCCCCGACCAUGCACUGCUCUCUUCCCAGGUUAAUUUUCCCCACUGUGUCUUUCACAGUCAGCAAUUCUUUUUCCAAGAUACGAUUUGCCUGUGGAAAAGGUGACGUUUGACAUUCUUCUACUGCCGCAGUUCGUGUAGCGAAGGUGCUCCCACAAUGCGGUUAGGAUAUUACAAGUGAACAUGCAGGUGGCGAUCUCAAUAACUGUAAUGCCAAACUCUGACAGAAUUAAUUCAUUCAUCAGAACUUGGAUAUUUGCAUUGUGUUUUGAUGUACAGUGAACAAAUUCAAAUGAAACUGCAUCCAGAUAUGGCAGUCACUAUUUAUCACAACCUACUUAUCUCAAGAUUUUGAAUGUUGAAAGAAAAAUCACAAUUCACACUGGGAAGAAACUGUGUUUGGAAGAGUCUGUGAAGAUUCAUCUGAAAUGUCCAAACACCAACACACUGGGGAGAAACUAUGGAAAUGUGGGGAUUGCGGGAAGGGAUUUCUUUACCCAUCCCAGCUGGAAACUCAUCAGCGCAGCCACACUGGAGUGAAGCCAUUCACCUGCUCUGAUUGUGGGAAGGGAUUCACUCAGUCAUCCAGCCUGCUCAAACACCAACGAAUUCAUACUGGAGAGAGGCCAUUUGCCUGUUCUGAAUGUGGGAAAACAUUCAUUCACUCAUCUCACCUACAGAGACACCAGCGAGUUCACACUGGAGAGAAACCUUUCAUCUGCUCUGAUUGUGGGAUGAGAUUUGCUCAGUCAUCCAGCCUGCUCAAACAUCAGCACGUUCACACUGGGGAGAGACCAUUCACUUGCUCUGAUUGUGGAAAAGGAUUCACUCAUUCAUCUAACCUGCUGAGACAUCACCGAGUUCACACUGGUGAGAAACCAUUCAUCUGCUCCCAGUGUGGGAAGGGAUUCACUCGGCCAUCUGGCCUGCUGAGACACCACCGAGUUCACUCCAGGGAGAGACCAUUCAUUUGCUCUGAAUGUGGGAAAGGAUUCACACACUCAUCUAACUUACUAUUACAUCAGCGAGUUCACGCUGGAGAGAAAUCAUUCACCUGUUCUGAGUGUGGGAGGAGAUUCACUUGGUCAUUCAACCUGCUGGCACACCAGCGGGUUCACACUGGAGAGAGACCAUUCACCUGUUCUGAGUGUGGUAAAGGAUUCACUAGAUCAUCCAACUUGCUGACACAUCAGAGAGUCCACACUGGGGAGAGACCAUUCACCUGCUGUGAGUGUGGGAAGGAAUUCGCACGGUCAUCUGGACUGUUAAUGCACCAGCGAAUUCACCACAAACCGCAGCCAAAAGAUUUUGAUCUUAUUCCCACCAAGGAAUGAACCAUGGUCUUUGGGCUAUUUGUACUGAUGUUAUUAAUCCCUGCUCAAUGAAAGGCACUGAUAUUGUUGAUUAAAAUGGUAAUAACAUAUCUGUAAUCUGUAGGGUAGGUUUUGGAAAUGAUCACAUCUUCAGUAAACAUUGUCCACCUGCCCAGUGUGUGAAGAGUGAUUUCCUGGUCCAUCAAGACUAGUUAACCACCAAUGAAUUUCUGAGGAACUGUUGAAAUUGUUUUUUUGAUCCUAUUGUUAUUUAUACACAAACCAUGUUUUCUGGGCCUGGUUCGGAUGUUCUUGGAUAAUGAGGCAUGUGGUGUUUGCAAUU